UAAAGGACACCAAGCAGCUGUGAAUCGCUACGCCGCCUCAGUCAUGUUGCGUAUCAUGUAUGGGAAGUCCACGCCCACCGCCACGAAUGCACCUGAGAUCAUCGUGAUGCAUAAAAUGCUCAAGCGCUUCCUGAUGGUCAUGCGACCUGGUGCGUUCCUGGUAGAUCGCUACCCAAUCCUCAAGUACGUCCCAGGAUACACGACCGAGUUGGAGGAAUGGAGAAGAGAAGAGAGUCAGGUCUUCCAUGACCAACUCGAUCGUGUUUCGAGAGAGUUGGCGACCGGGAAGGCCGGCCCCUCAUUUGCUCGGUACCUUCUUGAGAACCAGUCCUCACACAAGCUUUCGGACGACGAAAUGGUCUAUCUUGCUGGAUCGCUCUUUGGUGUCGGUUUAGAUACGACUGCUGUGGCGAUCAUGUCUGUCGUCAUGGCUUCCGCAUGUUAUCCCAAGGCGCAGGAGAAGGUGCAAGAACAACUGGACAUCGUCGUUGGUCGUGACAGAGCUCCUACUUUCGACGACUAUAAUUCCCUUCCGCAGAUCGAGGCGUUCAUGCUAGAGUGUCUUCGCUGGAGGCCCGUGACACCCCUUGGAUUUGCUCACCUUGCCUCGGCUGAUAUAGUCUACAAAGGCAUGUGUAUCCCAGAGGGUGCUGCAGUAUUUGGGAACCAUUGGGCAAUCUCGCGCGACCCGAGCGUAUAUCCCGACCCUGAGCAGUUCGAUCCUGAGAGAUGGCUCAACAGCGAGGGCAAAAUCCGGGACGACCUCAAGUUCCCUUCAUUCGGCUUUGGACGCAGAAUCUGCCCCGGGCGGCACAUAGCGAAUCGCUCUGUCUUCAUCAAUGCCGCGCUACUCUUGUGGUCGUUCAAGAUCACGCAGGACCCGGAGAAUCCGAUUGAUCAGAUGGGCUUCGCGGAUGGGGUGGUUGCACACCCCAAACCGUUCUCUGCGCGCUUCCAGCCGCGUUUUGGGGAUGAGGGAUCAUUGAGGAACGUGAUGGCUAAGUACGGUGAGGGGUUGUAGGAUACUAUU